UGGAAAGACUUUGUAUUAAAGAUGAAAUCAAAUCUGACCCCAAUAUUAUACCUUGAAAAGUGUUCCUUUGGGUACAAGAAAGUACUUAUAUAGUAUCUCUGUAUUUUACAGUGUAUUACUGAGUAAAAUUUAGGAAGCUUGUGCAUGUGGUAGAUUUGAUCUGUUUUUGCCUGGAGUUUAGUUUCACAAUAAAUCAAUAGAUUAUUGGUAAACUUCUUAAAUCUAACCAGCUGUUCUGUUGUUUUCUGUAUGUUACAGUUAUACAGCAUAUUUUCGCUAUCCAAUGAAAAACAAGUACCUUCAAAACAGCAACUUUACAGGAGACAGAAAAAAACGUCUAAACUUUCAAUAGAAAUCAAUGUAAAAAGAGUUAAUUUCAGGUAAUUUUGUAGUAUUGUUUAUUGGUCCUUUCAACAAGAAAUUCUGGCACACUGGAAGAAUUAUAUAGUAAUCUAUAGUAAUCGAGAAACAAAAUGGAGAUAAUUGUUUUUCAUUGGACAGUAACUAUAUAUACACACGUGCCUGCUGUACUCAUAGAGCAUCCCAAGACACAUUUCAUUCUACAGUUUUACAAUAGAACUGUAAUUUACUGUAUAAUUUUUACUAUAAAAUGCAGCUGUUGGUUUCAGUGUGUGUGUUUCCCAGUAGUGCAGUUAGAGAUGUUAGAGAUCUUAGAGAUCUUAGAGAUAUUGGAUGUUGUUGUGAAUAGAGAAGAUCAGUGUGGCCCUGCUGCUCCUGCUCAUCCUUCACCAUCUUCAUGUCAGUAAACACAACAGAGCCCCCGAAUCUGAAGCCCACCCGGGGAAACACAGUAAACUACUCACAGCCAAAAACGAGUCAGACGAAGAGACUCGGAGCUGUUUGGCUGUGAAGAGAAGCAGGCAGAUUUCUCCCGGCGGUGGAUGUUCAGCUUUCUGUACCUCUUUUGUUCAUUUAGAGCAACACACACAUAUUCACACUCCACUGGAGACAGCACCACCAUCCCUCCAUCAGAGAGAGAGAGAGAGAGAGAGAGGGAGAGAGAGGAGAGAGAGGAGAGAGAGAAGGAGAGAGAAAAGGAGAGCUGGUCGAUGCUUCUGUUCUGCUGAAUAAUAUUUUAAAUUUCUCUGUUUUCUCAGGAACUUUCAGCUUCCAGGUUUGAGGAGAUGAGAGAGUUUCUCUGAACUCAGGCUGGAUAUUUCAUGUAGCACAAGGUUACCAGGGCAGCUGUACAGAAGUGUGUGUAAUUCAGUGUUUGUGUGUGUGUGUGUAAUUCUGAGUGUGUAUGUGUGUGUCUGUGUGUGUGUAAUUCAGUGUGUGUGUGAUUGUGUGAUUCUGUGUGCGUGUGUGUGCUUCUGUGUGUGUGUGUGUGUGUGUGCGUGAGAGAGAGAGUGAGACGGUUCAGUAUGGAUGUGAGACAGGUCUCGGGGUUGAGGCAGGGCGUCUCCGGCUGCAGGAGAUCAGAGUGGAGGAGGUCUGGAGAUGUGAGGUUUUGGGAGGGCCUGGUGGCGCAGGUGGAUGGGCCCCCUCGCGCAGCUCGUCCACAGAGCUGUCUGGAGGGGAACCUGAUGGAGGACUGGCUUCAGACUCUGGAGAAGCUCCAGGCUCGUCCUGCUGAACCGCAGCGUCGUGCCUUUACUGACCGAACUGCAUCACUGCCCGCGCUCCCCAACACCACCAGCCCCGGACCCACACUCUCUCCAGGGUAUUACUGCCUCCAGAACCGGGACUGGACCCCCAGCGUCAGCUCUCUGGACAGUCUGGACUCGCUGGACUCCCAUCCUGGACUGGAGGUCCGAGAGAAGGCCAGGAUUAAAGUGGCCCCCAGUGCUCAGAAGGCCAAACUGUGCCGCCUCAGCCCGGUCAGGAUCGGCUGGCUCCCUCUGCAGAGACACGUGGUGAUCUCCAACAACCCCAAACCCGUCCAGCACCUGUCUGGAACCAACAGUCAGGUGAAGCUGAAGCCUCCCAUCACCCCUGUGUUCAGCAGCAGCUCUGAGAAGACCUGUGGAUCAGAAGGUCGGACGGUUGAGUGGAGCGGGACGGGGGCGUCUGCUGGAGCCCAGAGGCCCUGGAGGAUCCCAGGACACGGCUCUGCUCAGGUUUCUGGCUCGGGGAACCAGAGCAUGGCACAAGACCGAACCAGCAGCGAGCAGAUGCUUCACUCCCAGAGUGAUGAGCUUCAACCCAACAGCCUGAAGUGGAUAACUCCAGUUCAGAGGAGAGGAAGCAUCGACAGAAAUGCUGCUCAAACAUCCAAACACAGCAGCUCCAUAUCCUCCAUCACCAUCACCUCCAGGAAGGUUGUUCGCUCCUCAAGUCUGCCUGGGAGGAGAACCUCCAGCCCUUUAACUAUAAACAGUGCAGACCAGCAGCAGACUGCAGACUCUGCUAAGAACAUAAACCCCCAACAGUCUAGACCAGUUCCACCACAGAGGAAGGCAGUGGUGGUUAAAGUUACUGAACAUAGAGAAGAAACCAGAUCUGUUCUGCAGCCUGGUGAUAAAAACAGCCUCACCACCGAAGGGAGCUGUUCUACACCCUUUUCUAAUGUGACCUCCAAAAUAAAUCAGGUCUACGCUACCUCUGAUCUGACCAGCCUCGACUUAGAGAGCUAUACUACCUCAGCUCCAACCUUCAGAGAUACCCCUGAUCCCUCCAAUCCCAGACUGACCCCCAGAGCUAGCACCAGCCGUUCCCCAGGGUCCUCCACCCCGACCUCCCAAGAUACCCUUCAGCCAGCAGUGGUGCUCAGGAGAAAAGCCACCAUUGUGAAGGUGGAGCAAAGAGAGAGCUGCAGGAGGGAAGCCAAAGGAGGAUUGGAACACAGGCAUAGCUACAUUGAAGGCUUCCGAGCCACCAGUCCUGUAACGUACACAAGCAAUCCAUCAGACGCUAACACCCAACCACUGCUGCCUAAUGAACCCAGCGCCUCAGCAUCUCACAGCCGGGCUCUCGACUCCGUACAGCCGAGCAAGAGUAAUGAGAAGGAGAAAGAACUCCAUAGAUCUACACUAUCCUUCCAGCUGAGCAGCCCGUCCAACAGACCACCCCUGCAUCACCGACACAGCCGGGAAGGUCCCCGGCGCCGCAGGCCCGCUAGCUGCUACGCCAGCGUUUACAGCCUCUCUGAGCCGAGCGCUGGCGCUGCUAAAGAUCCCGGAUUUCAGAGCAUGACUUCAGCGCUUCCCCAAAAGACAAAUAUUGACCCUGUGAGCUUCACUGGCAGCAGCUCAAACAGGCGCUGGAGCACCGGCGGCGCAGGGAGCUGUGACGAGAUUUACCCAGAGAGAGACAGCUCUGCUGGGGACGGGGGACAGAGACACAAGGACCCUGCGCUCCUGAGGAGCCAGCAGCCUUUCACUCUUAUCAAAGUACCAGAAAGCUCAGCUCAUGCCACCCAUGACGCUGUUCUGGCUCUGAAUGCUGCCGCAGUUAUAGCCAAUAUAAAGCGUCAGAGCCUGCAGAGAAAGAGCUCACAGACCCACAGCGGUGCCAAGGGAGAGAUACCACCCGCAUUACAGAGCCAAACUGCAGUUUCAGGUGAUAAAGUGUGUGACGGAGAGCCGACUGCAGAAACACCCCCCAACACCCCCAACACCAUCCGGACACCAGCACACGGGGAGAAGAACCAUUACACUGAGUUCAUCCCACUGACCACCCCCGACCAGCCACACACACACUCACUCAGAAAAGCUCUGGAGCAGAGGCGGCCGGACUUCAUCAGACGCUCACAGACCAGAGUACAAGCUGUGGAGCAGCGAAGGAGAGAGAGACUACAGCUACACACAACGACACACACACCGAUACACACACCAACACACACAACGACACACACACCAACACCUGCACCGAGACACAGAGAUAACACUUUCACAUCCCGUGACAGAAGCAUUUCUGUAAAGCAGCAGCAGUUGAGACGGAACCAAAACAACCUGCCAGAAGUGAAGAGGCGGAGAGAAGAAGAGCGGAGGAAGAUAACGUCUCAGACCAACAGACUGAGAGUCCAACGCUUUAAACAAAAGAUUCUGGAUCAGGUUCUGCACAGAGGGAAGGACUGAAGAGGAAGAGCAGAUUCUGAUUGUUAUAUUCAGAGAACUGAAGCUUCAGCGAGACUCAGAACAUCUACAGCUGAUCCUCAUUUACCUCAAAACAACCCAAACUUCUGCUGUGACUCAUUUAUUACUGAAUACUGACGUCCGGAUUAACCCUGUCUGAUUUAAUUCACAAUGAUCUGGGAUUACAUCAUAUAGCAUGAGAAUAGACUGUGCAUAAAAGCGUCUGAUCUAUGAUCAGUUUUUAAUACUGCAGAUUUCUGGAGUGAUUAGUAUAAAAGCUUCACUCUGAUCCUCCUAAAGAAUCUUUCAGUGUUUCAGACCAUCUUAUAAACGAGCUGUUUCAGUCUGGAGAAGAUUUAAAGUUUAAAUAAGCGUUUAAAGGAAAUAUAUAAUAAAGUAUAUUUAGGUAUAUUUGAUGGUAAUGGGGUGUAACUCGGGUUCGAUAAUAAAUAAACUGAUAAUGCAGUUGAAUACUGGCCAGAGUACUCAUGAUAAGGAAACAGGAAUUAUGGGAGUUGGAGUCCUGAUGGAGGAAAUAUUCCCUUUUAAAUCAAUGAAUUUCUAUAAUAUAUUUUUAAAUAUAAUUGUUACACAUAAUAUGCUGAUUUAUUAUAGUAUACAACUCAACUCCUAUUUUAAAGAAGUUGGCAUAUACUGCAUGUCAAAAAUAUUUUAAUUUGUGUGAUAUAGUCUCAUAUACAUGUCAACAGUAUAUUUUAUACCUAUCAAUUACCAUAUUUCCCAUGUGUUAGAUUUCCCCACCUGAAUACAUCACAGCAGUAUUGUUUAGUUGCACAGAAUUUCAUCACAGUUUAAGAGCUUUAAAUGUCUGUGAGUACAGUUUUUAUACAAAACCAGGCAACAUCUAAUAGCGUGUAGUUUAAUUGAAGCUGCUCUCUCUGUAUCUAAGAUAUUUCUUUAAGAUAUUUCUUUAAGAUAUUUCUUUAAGAUAUUUCUUUUAGAUAUUUCUUUAAGAUAUUUCUUCAUGAUAUCUGAACACUCUGACGCUGCAGACUCUGAUAUUUUCCUCUACAGCUCUUUUAUUGUUUGUAAAGUGGUUUUCUGUGUUCGGAGAGUCGCCUGAUCUUCUGAUUACUGUUGAUGUACAGAAAUGAGGAACUUAAUUAAAGUGAUUUAAAUCACCUG